AUGGCCAGGAAUGGUACUGAAUGGAAUGGGAGUGCCUACUAUGUAACGUGGCACUCACUUGGAAAUGGGUUCUGCAAUAAUGAUAGUGAAAAAGUCUUAAAAGACCGGGUGCUCUGUGGCACUUUGGGAUUGGCACCUUUUGAUGAGGCAGGAAAAUCAAAUAGUGUGCGGCGUACGUCACACUUAAGGGCGUUCCUCACUUGGGAGACGCUGGAAUGGGCAACCUCUACUACUACCACAACAACAUCAACAACUACUACUAGUACUACUACUACAAAAACAUCAACAACUACUACUUCAACAAAAACAAUAACAACAACAACUACUACUACUAUAACAUCAACAACUAAAAAUACUACUACUACUACAACAACUACUACUACUACUACAACAACACUGCUGCUACAGCUAGCUAGCUAG